AAAAGUUUUUCCAUAUUUCUUUCAAAACUUAUAUUUUAUAUCAUUAACACUUAUUGUGACACUCAAAUUAAGCGUGCUUAUUUAUUGGAUUCAAGAAGUAUUUAAACUUGUUUUAGAAACUUGAUUUAGAUAAAACCUAAUACCAUGUCAAAUGUAACAACAAUAACAAAUGCUGCACGCAUCGUAAACAAAAGACUUUUUAAAGUAUCAAUUGAAGGAAACAUAGGUUCCGGUAAAUCUACUUGUAUUAAAUUCUUCGAAAAAUAUCCAGUUGUAGAUACACAUGCGGAACCAAUAUCUGAAUGGCGUAACGUGAGUGGUCACAACCUGCUCGGCCUGGUAUACAGUGACACGAAAGAGUGGACUUUCGCCUUCCAGCAUUAUGUGCAUCUCAGCCGUCUCAAAAUACAAAUUAGUCCACCGACAAACCCAAACAUAACAGUUAAAAUGUUUGAAAGAUCUGUGCAAAACAGCAGGCACUGUUUUGUUGAAAACGCUAAGAAGCAGGAUUUCCUUAAAGAACCAGAAUAUGAAGUUCUUCAACAAUGGUUUGACUACACAGAGAAGAAUUUAGACACUAGUUUAGAUCUCAUUGUUUAUCUACGAACAACACCUAAAAUCGUUUGGGAGAGAAUGAUGAAACGAGGAAGAGCCGAGGAGUCUGAGGUGCCACUAGAGUAUUUAGAACAAAUACAUGAAUCAUAUGAGAAGUGGGUGAGUUCUCCUGAUGUGGGCUGCGAAGUGCUGACCAUUGACGCCGAUAGGAGUAUAGAGAGUGUCCAAGAAGAUUUAGAACGAUACAGUUACAAAAUAUUAGGCGGUAAUCACACCAACUAAUACAAAUAAUUUAUCAACAUAAUAGAUUCUUUAUGACAUUGACUAUGUUCCAAAGAUCACAUCUCAGUAACUAGGAGUCCAACUUGAUAAAACCUUUUGUUUUAGAUAACCUAUUUAU